UCUCUGCCUCGGCUCGUUCGCCCACAGCGACGCAUCAUUACGUUUGUCUCACUGCUGGAAACUGAAUGUGCCUCCAAACAACCAACAACAGCUGUGAUCAUAUGAAUCUUCUGUUGGAGAGAAAGUGCAUGUACCGCAUUUAAUUACAGAUUUUAUCAUGAAUACAAUUAUUUCACUGCUGCAUUUACACUUUUGGGCAUUAAUCAGACACUUUACAACACUUGCCAUGCAAGACACCAGCUGCUCAAGGGCACUUCAACAUGCAGCUGAGGGAGCUGGGAUUCAAACCAGUGACCUUCUGAUUACCAGACCACCAGCUCCGCCUACUGAGCUGCAGCCGCCUGAUGUGUGAUGAAACAGUCUGAUAUUAAACAGUCGUGUUCAGGUCAUCCGUCUGUUUUGGUUUCAGGAUCUGAUGUUGUUUGAUUUGUGGUCAUAAAUCUUCUCACUGAAAACUUGUUUUGUGUGAUUUGAGGUUUAUUUGGGUGAAAUGUUCCUUUAAUUGAGAACUUUAACAGUGUGAUAUUAGUUCCUUCAUAAAAUAUCUGAAUACUUUCUGCAUCACAGUGAAUCUAACUGGUGUUUCAACAGGAUUCACUUCAGAAGUUUUUGCUCCAUUACAGCACAUUUAUCUGACAGAUUCAGUUUCAGAUCCGCACAAUAAAUCAUAAAAUAUCAGAUUAAAAUAACCAAAACUUAACAAAGUAAAAUUAUAACAUGACAUUUUUAUUUUUACUCAAGUAUGACCGUAAAAUACUUCGUUCCAAGUGUAAUCAGAGUGUUUCUGCACUGUGCUGUUCUUCCUCCACCUCGGAGGUGAAAAUGUGAGUUUUCAGUGUGUUCAGCUGAUCUGGAGUCUGUUUUGCUGUGUCCUGUCUGUUGAGGUUCUGGUCCAUCAGCUGGUUCCGUGUCGUGCUGUGACUGUUCACACAGCAGCGUCAGUAAGCAGAUUUGCGCGGAUGGAUUUAAGUCGUCGCCUUCUGAUUCGUCAACUGCGCGAACUUAUUCCCUCCAGGAGCAGCUGAGGGGCCGGCAGGGGACGUGAUCCACAGAAUGCUCCAGCGGUUCGGUCCAACCAGUCCGGUGGCUGUGAAGGAAAAGUGAAGCAGCGGCCGGAUGAAGGCGGGUGAAGCUGACUGUGGGUCGGAGCCGCGCUGCGUCUGGAGAGCGGAGCGCACGGAGCUCAGCGCGGAUCCUCACCGGGAAACUCGCACAGACUUCACCUGAGACGCUCCUGCUCGUCCCGGGCUGCUGCACACGGCUCAUAGAUGAAAACUGCUCCGGAGAAGGUCGCUCUCCGUCGGAUAAGCAGCCCGUCAGCCUGCGGUGACCAUGUCGGACGCGUCCGCUGACCUCAACAACGACACGCUGCCGGCGGCUGCGGUCACACAAUACAAUUUCCCUGCGCUCAUUUUCGGGAUCGUGCUGAUUGUGACCAUCACCGGUGGGAACGUGCUGGUGUGCCUCAGCGUGUACCUGGAGAAGGCUCUCAAAACCACCACCAACUACUUCAUAGUCAGUUUGGCGUUUGCGGACCUGCUGCUGGCGGUGCUGGUGCUGCCGCUCUUCGUUUACGCAGAGUUUCAGGGCGGAGUUUGGUCCUUGAACAUGCUGAUGUGCGAUGGCCUGAUGACCAUGGAUGUGAUGCUGUGCACCGCAUCCAUAUUCAACCUCUGUGCCAUCAGCGUGGACAGGUUCAUUGCCGUGUCGAUUCCUUUAAACUACAACCGGAAACACGUGGACCAUCGUCAGCUCAUCCUGCUGUCGGCCACCUGGCUGCUGGCCCUGGCUGUGGCCUCACCCGUCAUCUUCGGCAUCAACAACGUGCCUGACCGCGACCCCAGCGAGUGCAAACUGGAGGACAACAACUACGUGGUUUACUCGUCGGUCUGCUCCUUCUUCAUCCCCUGUCCCAUCAUGGUCCUGCUCUACUUUGGGGUUUUCCGCGGGCUGCAGCGCUGGGAGGUGGCCCGGAAGGUCAAACUGCGCAGCAGCAUCGAGGCCUGCAGGAAGCUGCAGCACGCCGCCGUCGCCACCGCCCUGCCCCCGCUGGCGGGCACCAUCCCCGGGUCUCUGCCCAUGCCUCUACCCAGGAUCAUCGAGAGGGACUUGGCCCAGUCUCGGCUGGACGACACGGAGGACUACAUGCAGCAGGAGAUCCCGUAUCCUCGGCAGUACAGAGAGAACUCGGUGCCGACGAUCACGCUCAGUCAGCAGCUGCACCGGAAGAAGAGAGCCAAGAUCAACAACAGGGAGAGGAAGGCUAUGAAGGUGCUGCCUGUCGUCGUAGGCUGCUUCUUGUUCUGCUGGACUCCGUUCUUCGUGGUCCACACGACGCGAGCCUUGUGUCUGACGUGCGACAUCCCUCCCGGCCUGAUGAGCACCGUCACCUGGCUGGGCUACGUCAACAGCGCCCUCAACCCCAUCAUCUACACCAUCUUCAACACGGAGUUCAAGAAGUUCUUCAAGAAAUGUUUCCGCAGCUGCUGCUGACACCAGGUUUCCCUCGGCAGACACUGAAGGAACACGAGGCUCAGCUGAUCCAGGACGAGUCAGACAGGAAAUACGCUGUAGAAGAAGAAGUCGCUGGUGAAACUUGUUUAAACUGGGUUCACUGACUGGAUCCUCUGGGAUUACAACCCAAAUAAAAUGAUGAUAUUUGUGUGGAAAGCUGCAGAAAACAGCUGACAAACUGACACAAACUCCUCAGACUGAGAGGAGCUUUCCACCAUUUUUCAGUUUUUCUGUACAGCACAGUGUUUAUUGUUCAUCAGUCGCGGUUCACGUUACGGCCUGCCAGCUCCGGAGACGGCGAGGGAUUUGUCCAGAGCUCGCCGCUCUGCCGGAGAGGAUGCAGAGGAGAGAAACAGCUUCAGCACAGCCGAAUGUCAAACAGCUGAGAGCAGCUUCACGACUGAAAGAAAAUCCUGUAAAUCAGACGUUUUCCUUUUGUUUCUCAGGUCAGCUGAAAGGAACAGUUGGAGAAAAUACUCGUCUGCUUUCCUGCAGAGUCAGAUGAGAAGAUCGAAACCACUCAUCGGUCGGUACGUUACAAUAUGCAGCUGCAGGCUGAAGAUAAGCAGCACAUUUAGUUUUUAAUUCGUACAAGAACCAAAGUUUAAAAUGCAGUUUCAUGUUUUGUAAGAGGGGGAUGGAUCGAAACACAAGGUUUGUUUACGAUGACUUCCAGGUAGAAAACUCCUGCAUCAUCCCAACUUAAAGUUACACCAAAAGAUUACAACAGAAAUAAUUAAAGUUAUCUGAUUUCACGUUCCUCAACCAACGCCACACUUUUCUACCCAGAGGUAAACGUCACCGCGGCGUCAGGGUCGCGUCCGUGAGCUGUGUUGCUAUGGAUACGUGCGCUAUACGUCCCCCGUCUGUUUGAAAGCAUCGCAGACGUCAUCAAACGCAGACAAACAAAAGACUCAACAUGUUGAAUCUGACCAAACAUCUCCAGACAGCCGACACCAGACAAACAGCCGAGUUUGUCCGUGUUUGUCGGAGGAUGUUUGAUGUGGCGUUUCCACGGAUCUCAGUGUCUAAUGCAGCCAGUUUAAUCGUCUCUUCUCGCCCAAUAAAAGAUGCAACGUGACAACUGCAGCGCAGGAUUUUACAAACACUGGGAGCUGAGUUCAGGUUACUCGUCCCUACACAGGAACAAAUUUCAGCUGGUGCAACUUUUAAAAUUUAAAAAAGUUGCAAUUUACAUUUGCAACCACGUGCACGCUAGCUGUUUCCAUAUGUUUCCAGUCUUUAUGCUAAGCUAAGCUAAGGCUCCUGGCUGCACGAGAGUGGUAUCCAUCUUUUCAUCUUGAUUUUUAGCGAGUAAGCGAGUAUUUCCUUAAAGGUGCCCUGUGAACAGUGUUUAUUAUCCUGGGUCCACAUUGUGAUUUGCAAACGAUGGUUUCAUGUUAUUUUACUGAAGCUACAACGCUGAAAAACAAAACAGUGCCCUCAAAAAAGGAGACCAAACACACCACAGGGCACCUUUAAAUGUGGAAUUAUCCCUUUAAUACGUCCUGACGAAGCUUCACAUCUGUCCUCGAAAGUCACAAAGCUUCAAACGGGGAAAUCGAAGGAAACCUGAAAAUAUCAAAACGCCUCAGGAAUCUGAAGCAGGACAUGAAGACGUGACGGCUGGAUUUAUUUACUGAACUGACGAACCGACUUCUACAAACAGGAACAAGGUUCAUCGAACAUCAACACGGGAUUCAGCUCAUUAAAGCUGUUUGGGUUCAUUUUAACACAUGUACUGAUAAAACACUGAGUAGCAAUAUGCCUUAAAUUCAAAGGAUGUCCAACAUGAAGAGCAGCGCCUCGUCAGAAACACGUCUGCUGUCAUAUUUCAUAUUUAAAACCUUCGUCACUUUGUCGUGUUUGCAUCUUUUCACACAACAGACGACCAGUUUGUUGUUUUCUCUGCUUUUUCCCUGAGUGACAUGAUUCAUUCUGCACUGAGAGGACGACGACAUCUACGUUAUAAUAAAUAAUGUAAUAAAUACAGCCAGAUAUUCAGUUUCUUGUUAAGAGUAAGAUCUUUUUUUUUUUUACUGCCAUGUACCAAAUAAUUGUUUACUUUGUUACGUCUUGUUAUAUGGAGAGUUUUCUCAUUAUUACCCAUAAUCAACAUUUUCUUCCACAUGUCAACUUUCUAAACUUUUGCUGCAGACGUUUAAGUUUCUCAGUAAGAAGUCAGUGAGACAAACACGGUUUACACGUUUUAUGUAAAAAAGAAAUUAGCAAAUUUUGCGAUAUGAUAAAGUAAAGUGAGAUAUUAUAACAGAAUGAUUUAUGACGUGAUUUUUUUUAAGUAAUAACGAGAAAUAUAGGUCCUUAUAACGUGAAUAUAUCAUCACAAUAACACAUCUGUCGGUUACAAGAAUGUCCAGCUGUGAAUUUUGUGAUUUGUAUUACUUUUGAUACUUGAAACGCCGUCAUGAUGAUAUUACCUGUUUGUCAUUUUAUUGAGUAUGAGUAUUUAUGAUGUUGAAUAAUAGGAAACUGAAUUGAAGUGAAGCAUCUUCAGAUCGUGUCUUGGUAACAACAUUAGUUUUUCUCCUCCUGUCGAGUUUUGUGUAAAAGUUGUUUUAAUGUUUUUUCAAAGAAGAAAGUAUUCUGGACUGCAGGAUGGCUUAAAUUUGAGUGAAAUUGUCCUUUAAGCCUUUACUGCCUGUCACCACAGUGUGUUUGUUUGGUUACUGACUGUGCCUACUGUUCGCCAUAUCCACGUUUUAUGUGGAAACCUUUCUAAUAAAGUGUCUCAUGUAUCUCUGC